AUCCGCCUAAAUAACGGUGCAGGCCACACUUCAGGGUUUUCAGACAGAGACGCUGCAAGAAAGAAAAACACCGUCAUGCCAGAAGGGUAAAAGCGGCGAGGUGGUCAUUUUCGCUUUCUCGAAUUGACUUAUUGAUCCGCAGUGAUAGAGCACGUCCGAGUCAUCUGCAGUCUCUCCCUGAAGUCCAUGCGCGAAUAAAACCUUCGACUUUAAAUCACAGCAUAUGUUGAAAUUGAGUUGCGCGAUCGCUUUGUAAUCUUACCUCGACUUUGGAAAACAUUUGCGUACAAACCAACAGACCACAAUGUCGCACGUUGAUCCAGGACCGAAAAAUGACUCGGACACGGAACAGAAGACAGAACCAGCCCAGGACACUUCAUCAGGAGAAAUGGACGUCCCUAAAACUAAACUACUUGAUCCCAAGGCAAUCUUGUGGACUUUUGGCAAAUGUCUCACUGCCUUUUUGCCCGUUUACCUGGCGGGUUACUAUCGGGUGAGCACUAGUUUAGUGGCGUUUGGGAUGAUGGUUUACGCAGGAUGGAAACACACUCGUGAAGCGAAGGAGGCGAGACUGAAGUCCGCUGUACAGUUAGUCAACGAAGAACAAGAAUACAUAUCCUCCAAAUCAUUUAGAAGUAGAAGAGACCUGCCUUCUUGGGUCAGUUUUCCAGAUGUGGAGAAGGUUGAAUGGCUAAACAAGGUUAUCCAGCAGGCCUGGCCAUAUAUUGGUCAGUAUUUAGAGAAGCUGCUGACGGAAACCAUUGCUCCUUCCAUCCGCGGCUCCAGCUCUCAUCUGCAGACGCUCAGCUUCACGAAGGUCGACUUUGGUGCCAAGCCGAUGAAGGUGGUUGGAGUGAAGGCCCAUUCAGAAAACAAGAAAGGUCAAAUUCUGCUUGACGUUUACAUCAGUUACGUGGGGGAUGUUGAGAUAAACGUGGAGGUGAAGAGGUAUUUCUGCAAGGCUGGUGUGAAGGGAAUACAGCUUCAUGGAAUGAUGCGUGUGAUUUUGGAGCCGCUGAUCGGUGACGUCCCUAUCGUGGGAGCUGUGACCAUGUUCUUCAUUCAAAGACCUAAACUGACCAUCAACUGGACUGGUUUGACCAAUCUGCUGGACAUUCCAGGACUCAAUGUGAUGUCAGAUACUAUGAUCAUGGAUGCGAUUGCUUCAUUCCUGGUUUUGCCCAAUCGUCUUACUGUUCCUCUAGUGGCAAACCUACAUGUGGCACAGCUGCGGUGCCCUUUACCCAGGGGUGUUGUGCGCAUUCACCUGGUGGAGGCUGAUGGUCUGGCUUCGAAGGAUAACAGUGUUGUAGCGGGUAUGUCUGACCCGUAUGCCCUGCUCAGAGUUGGCCCGCAAACCUUUAAAUCCCGCCAUCUGGACAAUACGCUCAGUCCCAAAUGGGAUGAAAUGUAUGAGGUCAUCGUUCAUGAGGUGCCUGGUCAGGAGCUAGAGGUGGAAGUGUUUGAUAAAGAUCCCGAUCAAGAUGAUUUCCUGGGCAGAACAAAAUUAGACUUGGGGAUCGUGAAGAAAUCUAAAAUAGUGGAUGAGUGGUUCACGUUGAAGGACACCCCUACAGGACGGGUUCAUCUCAGACUGGAGUGGCUGACACUAGAAACUGACACAGGACGACUGGAAGAGGUUCUGAAGAGAAAUGAAAGUGUGGUGAGUAAAACAGCAAAGCCGCCCUCAGCAGCCAUCUUGGUAGUGUAUCUGGACAAGGCUGAGGCACUUCCUAUGAAGAAAGGAAAUAAGGAUCCCAAUCCUAUCGUUCAAAUCGCAGUGCAAGAUGUAACUCGUGACAGCCGGAUUUGCUGGAAUACAGUGAACCCCCAGUGGGAGGACGCUUUCACUUUCUUCAUCAGAGAUCCCAGCAAACAGGACAUUAACGUGCAGGUGAAGGAUAACGACCGUGUUCAGGUUUUGGGAAGUCUGUCCAUUCCUGUUUCCCGUCUUCUCUCUUGUCAAGAUCUGAAUUUGGAUGAGUGGUUCAAUCUGGAUAAUUCUGGUCCAAAAAGCCGCAUCCACAUUAACACAGUGCUCAGGGUGCUCUGGUUGGAUGAAGUCGCUGCAGCUGCAGCUGCCUCUCUCCUCUCCAGUGACCCUUUUUCAAAGAGUUCUGCCUCACGUCCACAAAAGACGAUGCCCCAUUCCAGCUUCGCCUCUGAGGGGAUGCUGCGUGUCCACCUCGUGGAGGGUCAAAAUCUGGUCGCGAAGGACAAUCUGAUGGGUGGGAUGGUGAAGGGCAAGAGCGACCCGUACGUCAAGAUCCAAGUCGGAGGUGAAACCUUUAAAAGUCAAGUGAUCAAGGAGAACCUCAACCCCGUCUGGAACGAGAUGUAUGAGGUGGUUUUGACGCAGCUUCCUGGUCAGGAGUUGACCUUGGAAGUUUUUGACAGGGACAUGGACAUGAAAGAUGACUUUAUGGGCAGGCUGAAGAUGAAUCUGAGUGAUAUAAUUAGCUCCGAAUACAUAAACGAGUGGUUUACUCUGAACGAUGUUAAGCGUGGCCGUGUUCAUUUGGCUCUGGAGUGGCUGCCCACUGUAACACAACCAGAGAAGCUACAGCAGGUGUUGCAGUACCAGUCAAAGAGCUCGUACCUGAAUAAGACAGUGCCGACGGCCGCUCUGCUGUUUGUGUAUGUGGAGCGCGCACAUGAGCUUCCUUUGAAGAAGAGUGGAAAGGAUCCUAAAGUUGGUGCUGAGCUGAUCUUGAGAGGAACUUCUCGUAGAACCACAGUCUCUGACCGCACCAGCUCUCCCCAGUGGGACGAAGCAUUUCACUUCCUGGUUCGAGAUCCAUUGAAUGAAGACCUUGUCGUGAAGUUGUCCCACAACUGGGACUUCUCUCUGGGAUCUGUGGUGAUUCCCAUCAAAGAGCUUCUCUCUGAACCAGAUCUGAUGCUGGACCAGUGGCUGGAUCUGGAUGGAGCGUCACCCCAGAGUCAGAUUCUGCUGAGAGCUCAGCUGAAGAUUCUUUGCCCUAAAGAGACGGAGAGCUCUGAAGACCAUGAGGAGCCAAAACAUCCGAAAGCGUCCAGUUUUAAAAGAAAACCGGAGGAGGAAUUAGUGCAGAAGUCUAGUAUUGAGGAGGUCCCACCAUCUCCUGUAAGCAGGACCUCCUCUGUGUCAGUCCCAGAAGAAGAGGAAGUCCCUGAGGUCACGGAGGUCCCAGAAGUUUCCAGUUCAGAUGACCUUCGACCCUUGCACACCAGCCCUGACCCCAGCUUUGGUGCCAAGGGUGUGCUCCGCCUCCACCUGCUGGAAGCUCAGGAUCUGGUAGCGAAGGACAACAUGAUGGGAGGGAUGGUGAAGGGGAAGAGCGACCCGUACGUCAAGAUUCAUAUCGGAGACACAACCUUUAAGAGUCAUGUGAUCAAGGAGAACCUCAACCCCACCUGGAACGAGAUGUAUGAGCUGGUUCUGACCUCCAGCUCGACCUCUGAUGUCCUUGUGGAGGUUUUCGACAAGGAUAUGGACAAAGAUGACUUUUUAGGGAGGGUGAAGAUCAGCUUACAGGAGAUCAUUCAGUCUCAGCUGACUGACGAAUGGUUUUCUCUGAGUGAUGUCAAACACGGCCAGGUUCACAUGAUUCUGGAGUGGCUUCCCACAGUCACACAACCUGACAGACUACAACAGGCGCUGCAGUUACAGUCCGAGCAUUCGUACCAGAACAAAUCUGUGCCAUCAGCAGCUCUGUUCUUCAUUCUCUUGGAGAGAGCUCAUGACCUGCCGCUGAAGAAGAGUGGAAAGGAGCCUAAAGCUGGUGCAGAGCUGAUGUUGGGUGACAUUUCCCAUAAAACCAAGGUGUGUGAGCGCUCCACGUCUCCUGAGUGGAGUGAAGCUUUUCACUUCCUGCUUCAUAACCCAGAAGAAGAGAUUCUUAUUAUAAAGCUUUCAAGUGACUUUGAGCAGCCCUUAGGCUCAGUGGUUCUACCAAUCAGAGAGCUGCUUUCAAAGCCAGAUCUACUGAUGGACCAGUGGUUGAGUCUGGAUGGAGCAGGUCCUGACACUCAGAUUCUUCUGAGGGCACAGCUUAAGAUUUUGGACUCAAGAUUGGAUACAAGUGUCCUUCAUCGUAAAAAGCCUGUUGUUGAAAAAGAGCAUUCAGUGGGUGAACAGCACAAAGAAAAAGCUCCAGUCGCUGUUGAACUCUCACAAGCUGCAGUCAGUAAAGUGUCCGAGAAGAAAACACCACCAACAAAAGGGGUGAGUGAACUGGCAGCCUCUACUUUACCACUUCCUGAAGAACAUCAGAAACAAACAGACACCCAUGAUAAAGAUGACCAUCACACGCCAUCUGUACCCAAAACACAGCCUGCCCCUGAGGAUCUCAGUAAAGUUCCUGAUUUCACUCCCAGUGAAGGUGGAUACAUGAAACCAGUCAAAACCUUUGGAUCAGCCCACGAAGAGCAAAAACCAGAAGAGCAGUCUCACAUGAAGGUUUCCCCCAGUGCUCCUGCAGAGGAGACAAAAGUCAGUAGUUCUACAGACGUUCGACCCCAACAGACCCGCCAUGACCCCAGCUUUGGCACCAAGGGGGUGCUGCGUAUCCAUCUUUUGGAAGCUCAGGAUCUGGUAGCGAAGGACAACAUGAUGGGAGGGAUGGUGAAGGGGAAGAGCGACCCGUACGUCAAGAUUCAUAUCGGAGACACAACCUUUAAGAGUCAUGUGAUCAAGGAGAACCUCAACCCCACCUGGAACGAGAUGUAUGAGAUGAUUCUGAGUCCUGAUCAUAAUCUAGACGUGAAGUUUGAGGUCUAUGAUAAGGAUUUUGAAUCCGAUGAUUUCCUUGGAAGGUUCAAGCUCAAACUCGGACAUAUCAUCAGUUCCCAGUACAAUGAUGAAUGGUUUACUCUGAAUGAUAUAAAACAUGGUCGAGUCCAUUUGGUCCUGGAAUGGCUUCCCACCUCAACACAGCGGGACAGAUUGGAUCAAGUAAUGAAGAUGCAAAGCUCUCAGACCUACGAGAACAAGUCUGUGCCGUCAGCAGCGCUGUUGUUUAUUCACUUAGAAAGAGCUCAUGAUCUUCCUAUGAAGAAAAGUGGAAAGGAACCCAAAGCUGCUGCUGAACUUGUUCUUGGAGGAGCCUCCUAUAAAACCAAGGUGUGUGAUCGCUCCUCUUCUCCUUACUGGAAUGAAGCAUUUGACUUUCUGGUUUAUGACCCCAAAAAAGACAUACUUGUCAUUAAGCUCUCAAGCGCCUGGGACCAACCCAUGGGCAAUUUGGUUCUUCCAAUCAGAGAGCUGCUUUCAAAACCAGAUCUACUGAUGGACCAAUGGCUCGAUCUGGAUGGAGCUUCACCAAAGAGCCAGAUCCUACUCAGGGCACAACUGAAGAUCUUGGAUUCAAAAAUGGCUGCUUUAGUGGCCAUGGGUUCAGGUCCAGUGUUGAGUAAUAAACAGGCGGCCAAAACAGGUCAGAUCAAAAUCUCCCUCUCCUUCCAGAAGAAGCUGACAGUGAUCAUCCAUGCAUGCAGGGCUCUGGUUACAUCAUCUAAGGACAGCUUAGACACCUACGUCUCCCUCAUUCUGCUGCCGGAUAAAAGCAAGGCCACCAAAAGAAAGACGGCUGUGAAGAAGAAAAAUCUGAACCCUGAGUUCAAUGAAAGGUUUGAGUUUGAUUUGAGUGUGGAGGACGCCCAGAGACGAGAGCUCAGUGUUUGUGUGAAGAACGCAUCCUCGUCCUUCAUGAGUCGAGACAAAGACGUGAUCGGCCAGGUGCAGAUAGACCUGGGACAUGUUGAUAUAGUCUCUGGAGUCACAGAAUGGUUUGAUCUGAAAGAAGAGCAGAACUAGCAGCCAGCGUUUAACCUCUUCCUGAAGUUCUUCAGGUUAACUUUGCUGUCACGUAUCGCUGCCAGUGCUUCCCUUCCACCUGUUUUUAUAACUUCACAAACACACACAUAUUUCUUUCCUCCAUCUUUUGAUCAACAGAUGGUUUUUGAGUGACAAGAUUAUAUGAUAUAAUUGAGCUAAGUGAUUUGAACAUAUUACUGCAUUGACAAAUCAACUUUAGAGUAUUACAUCAGAACUGAUAUAUCAAUUUUUGAUAUCUGUAUAAUUCAGUAUCAGAUGACUGAAUGUUAACCGUAUGGACAUUUACAGAGAUGUUGAGCAGGUGUCUGGAAAGAGUCUCGUCUUCAUGUGCAGAUUGCAGGACGUUGCAUUUGUUUAAGUUCAGAAGGAAAAGGAUGUUUUUUAAAAAAUGUAAACCAAAGAAAUAUUUCUUUUACUUUAUUGAAAAUGAAAGGAUACAUUACUAGGUCUAAAUGUACAAAUUUAUGAAGUAUUAUAAUUGACAGAAAUUUGUGCACCAAAAAUAUAAAGUGGUGUUAUUUAGACAGUCUACAAAUGACCACCUAAAAACUAUUUAAGAUAUUUAAUGUGCCAUGUAUUGUGUUGCAUUUGGAUGAAUAGCUGCUGUUAACAACAUCCAUGUGGCUUGUGCAACUUCUGUAGUCCAUUUUGAUGCCAAAUAUCUAGAAACUCAAUUUUUUUGGCUAGAAAUAUGACUUUAACAUUUGCAUGUUUGAUUUUAGGCCUUAAAAAAAAAGGGUUAGGGUUAGGGUUAUUUUGUGGUCAUUUUUAUUUGCAGUCAUUUAUGUUACCAUUUAUGACAGUCUAUAUAGGGUUACCAAACUUUUAAAAACCUUGAAACAACAGAAUUUAAAUUAAUUUCCAGGCUUAAUCUACAAUGUUAAAGUCUCAGUUAUUUCUAAAGGGAGUAUACAUUUCUGGUUGAGACACUGAGUUUCAGAGUCAUAUUGAAUCCAAUGCACUGAGCUGCAUUUAGAGCUCAGGCUCUACUUUUCUUUUUCUCUUUAGAGAUUUUGUACUCCAUGUGUGGUUGUAUAAAUCACUUCCUUCCAAGGAUUGGUACCCAGGUUACAAAUGAAACUCCAGAAAUAUCUAAAAUGAUUUGAAUGAUACUUCACUAAUAGUUGGAUACCGUGAUAAUGAACAACUGUAAAAGUUGUGGAAAUUCAUUAGUUAAAAGGGUGGGAACCUUAUAUAAGAGCUAGUACAAAAGCAAAUGCUUUUGCUAAACUUUGUUUACAUUUUCAUGAUUUUUCAUGUUUAUAAUAUACUUAAUCUAGAACUACCAUUCAAAGGUUUGAGGUCAGGAAGAUGUUUUAAAUACUUUUAUUCAGCGAAGACAAAUUUAAUUGAUCAAAGGUGACGUUUAUAACUUUACCAAAUAUUUUUAUUUCAAAUAAAUUCUGUUCUUUUGAACUUUCUUUUCAUCUAAGAAUCAUAAAAUAAACAUUUUACUGUAUUUUUGAUUAAAUAAAUGCAAUACUGGUAAGAAUCAGAGACUUAAAAUCAGACAAAAAAACCAUAGUCCCCAAACAUUUGAACGGUAGUGUAAAGUAUUUUUUUCUUGUCAUGUUUACUUUACUAGUUUGAGUUCAUAUUUUGCUGCAGUCCAUUUGUUUUCUAUCACUGUGUGCAUGUUGCUUAUACUUUCACAAGUUUUAUUUUCUACACUAUAACAUGCUGUAAUGUUUCAAGGUUUAUGUGCAAACUGGUAAAUACCAAAGAACCAAACCAUGCUCAAGGCAACCAUGUUCAGCUGAACUGCACUAUUCAUACUGCCACAUGUAUUAUCUCAUAUCCACAGCUGUCAAUAAAACAUUUAUGGCAUCAGAA